AUGUUUCUUAGAGCUGCUAAAACAGGACCAAUGAAGAUGUUCACCAGACUCCAAGUCCUUGCCCUAGCUUUGUUUUCCAAAGGGGUCUUCCUCUCCCUAAGUGACCACAACUUUGUUAGAAAGGAGAUUAAGAUAGAAGGAGACCUGGUCCUAGGUGGUUUAUUCCCAAUCAAUGAAAAAGGCACCGGGAUAGAAGAAUGUGGGAGAAUCAAUGAAGACCGAGGCAUCCAGCGCUUGGAGGCUAUGUUGUUUGCCAUCGAUGAAAUUAACAGAGAUAACUACUUACUGCCAGGAAUUAAACUUGGAGUUCACAUUUUGGACACGUGUUCCAGAGAUACAUAUGCUUUAGAACAAUCUCUGGAGUUUGUCAGGGCAUCUUUGACUAAAGUGGAUGAAACAGAGUAUAUGUGCCCUGAUGGCUCUUAUGCCAUUCAAGAAAAUUUACCCUUACUCAUUGCAGGCGUCAUUGGUGGUUCCUAUAGCAGCGUCUCCAUACAGGUAGCAAAUUUACUCAGACUCUUCCAGAUCCCCCAGAUAAGUUAUGCCUCUACCAGUGCCAAGCUGAGUGACAAAUCCCGCUAUGACUAUUUUGCAAGGACAGUGCCCCCUGAUUUCUACCAAGCAAAAGCCAUGGCUGAAAUCCUACGGUUCUUCAACUGGACUUAUGUAUCAACAGUUGCUUCGGAAGGAGACUAUGGGGAGACUGGGAUCGAAGCCUUUGAGCAGGAAGCCCGCCUCCGGAACAUCUGCAUCGCCACCUCCGAGAAAGUGGGGCGGUCCAACAUCAGAAAGUCCUAUGACGGUGUGAUCAGAGAGCUGCUCCAGAAACCCAAUGCCAGAGUGGUGGUGCUCUUCAUGCGAAGUGAUGACUCUCGGGAGCUUAUUGCAGCUGCCAACCGUUUCAAUGUUUCCUUUACUUGGAUUGCCAGUGACGGAUGGGGAGCUCAAGAGAGCAUUGUCAAAGGCAAUGAGCAUAUAGCCUCUGGGGCAAUAACCUUGGAACUUGCUUCCCAUCCUGUUAAGGAAUUUGACAGGUAUUUCCAAAGCCUCAGCCCUUACAAUAAUAGACGCAAUCCUUGGUUCAAGGACUUCUGGGAGCAAAAAUUCCAAUGUAAUCUCCAGAACCGAAAGCCACAUAGAAAGACUUGUGACAAGCACUUCACUAUCAACAGUUCCAACUAUGAGCAAGAAUCCAAGAUUAUGUUUGUUGUGAAUGCUGUGUAUGCAAUGGCCCAUGCCUUGCAUAAAAUGCAGCGGACUCUGUGUCCAAACACCACUAAACUCUGUGAUGCCAUGAAGCAUCUGGAUGGCAAGAAGCUGUACAAAGACUACCUUCUGAAAGUAAACUUUACAGCUCCAUUCAAUCCUCCCAACGCUGCAGACAGUAUGGUCAAAUUUGAUGCCUAUGGAGAUGGGAUAGGCCGAUACAAUGUGUUCAAUUUCCAGUACACUGGAGGCAAAUAUUCUUACGUGAAGGUUGGUCACUGGGCAGAGACCUUGUCGCUAGAAGUAGACUCUAUCCACUGGUCCAAGAGCUCUGUCCCCAUUUCCCAGUGUAGUGAUCCCUGUGCUCCUAAUGAGAUGAAGAAUAUGCAACCAGGAGACGUCUGCUGUUGGAUCUGUAUUCCUUGUGAAACCUAUGAGUACUUGGCUGAUGAAUUUACCUGUGCAGACUGUGGGCCUGGAAAAUGGCCCACAGCCGACCUGACUGGCUGUUACGACUUACCAGAAGAUUACAUCAAGUGGGAAGAUGCUUGGGCAAUAGGUCCUGUUACAAUUGCAUGCCUGGGCUUUAUUUGUACUUUUAUGGUCAUUGGAGUGUUUAUCAAGCACAACAAUACCCCCCUGGUCAAAGCUUCUGGCCGUGAACUGUGCUACAUAUUGCUCUUCGGGGUCUUCCUGUCUUAUAGCAUGACCUUCUUCUUCAUAGCCAAGCCCUCGCCAGCUAUCUGCACCCUGCGCCGUCUGGGGCUAGGAAGUUCCUUUGCCGUCUGCUACUCUGCCCUCCUGACUAAAACAAACUGCAUAGCCAGAAUAUUUGAUGGUGUAAAGAACGGUGCUCAAAGGCCUAAGUUCAUCAGCCCAAGCUCUCAGGUCUUCAUCUGCCUGAGUCUCAUUUUGGUACAGAUUGUGGUGGUGUCUGUGUGGCUUAUCUUGGAGUCCCCUGGCACCAGGCGGUACACUCUUCCCGAGAAGAGAGAGACUGUCAUAUUGAAAUGCAAUGUCAAAGAUUCCAGUAUGUUAAUCUCCUUAACAUAUGACGUAAUCCUCGUAGUCUUAUGCACUGUAUAUGCCUUCAAAACAAGGAAAUGCCCAGAGAACUUCAACGAAGCCAAGUUUAUCGGUUUCACAAUGUACACAACGUGCAUCAUUUGGCUGGCCUUUCUCCCAAUAUUUUAUGUGACAUCCAGUGACUACAGAGUACAGACCACCACCAUGUGUAUCUCUGUGAGUCUGAGCGGCUUUGUUGUGCUGGGCUGUUUGUUCGCACCCAAGGUGCACAUCAUCCUCUUCCAGCCCCAGAAGAAUGUGGUCACUCACAGACUCCAUCUCAACAGGUUCAGCGUCAGUGGGACUGGGACCACGUACUCACAGUCAUCUGCUAGUAUGUAUGUACCCACCGUCUGCAAUGGAAGGGAAGUUCUGGACUCAACCACUUCAUCCCUGUGA